AUGAUAAGCAAUUCACUCGUACCAUUAGAUAAACUGUCAGAAGAGGCCCAAGAGUCUAGAAAUAAAGAUUUUAAAAGAAUUGCAGAGCAUAAUACUAGAAAAAUAUUAAGAACAUGUCAAAAUGAAGACUUGAUUCAUAUGUUACUGAUUUCAUCCGAUCCUUAUAUUUCAAGCUUACGUCAAUUCCAACCAAAAAAAUUUUUGAAUUUGAUGAAGCCGUUCAAAAAUUAA